AUGUUCCCGCCAAAAAAUGAAUCCGGCGUUGAAAAAGCAUGCCGUAACAUGCCGGAGAAUGUGAUAGUCGCCGUGAAGGCUGAGGAGAAGGUUGUCUCCAAAGCAGCUUUGGCUUGGGCUCUUACUCAUGUCGUUCAUCCCGGUGAUUGUGUUAUCUUGCUUGCUGUAUUUCAUGGCGUCAAAUCAAAUCGGAAAUUAUGGAGCUGGCGGCGAUUGAAUGGAGAUUGCCGGAACGGUGACGACUGUGCUAAUUUACCAGAUCGGAUAUGUCGGAUCUCAGAAACUUGUUCACGGAUGGUACUCCAAUUUCAAAAUCAAUUCGAGGUGAUGGUGCAAAUCAAGGUGGUCUCAGGUACACCUGCGGGUGCUGUGGCAGCUCAAGCAAAGUAUAAUGCAGCAAACUGGGUCAUAUUGGAUAAGAAAUUGAAACAAGAACUUAAACACUGCAUGGAGGCACUACAGUGCAACAUUGUAGUAAUGAAAGGUUCAGAACCAAAAGUCCUUAGGCUCAAUCUCGGUCGAUCUCAUGACCUCCAAUCUCCCUUCUUUUCAGCAGUUUCUUCACCUAGUAUGGCUCCUGAAAAACACUUGGGCCAUGGAGUGAAUCAUUCCACGCCCGUAAGCAGUCCAGAAGAAACCGCCAUGUUUUGUCCACAAUCUUCUGAUAAAAGUCUUUUGUCAAACUCCGACACCUCUUCUCUUUUCCUUGUGUACAAACAAAACCCGCUUUUUGAAGGGCUGAUCAAAGGAAAACCUUUACAAAUCAAUAAACCCAAAGACUUUGAUGAUGAUCCACUUACCGUGAUCGACUCUUGUGGGGAAAGAAUCAUAGCUCUCUCACUGAUUCCAAAUUCAUCUGCUAAGAGUACCAGUAACACAGUUCUAUUGGUGCCUCAAAACAACAUUGCAAAUGAGAAUUCCAAGAUUCUUCACAGUUCCCAACUUUCAUAUGCUCAUUUAGAUCAAGAUAAACUGAGCGGCGAGCUUAAAGACAACAUUUUUAGCUCUGGAAUCCGAGAGGCGGUCUCUUUGGGUAGAGCUUUAUCACUACCACCUCCCUUGUGCUCUCUUUGUCAACACCAAGCACCUGCACUUGUGAAACCUUUGCGACAAUUUUAUUACAGUGAGCUUCAAGAAGCCACAGAUGGUUUCUCUGAUUUGAGCUUUGUGGCACAAGGGGAGUUAUGGGUUGUCUACAGAGGGGUCUUAAAAGAUGGGCUAGUCGUCGCAAUCAAGCAGUCGACGUUUUCUGGAUCCCAUGGAGAUGCUGAUUUCUGCAAGGAGGUGAGAGUACUAAGUUGUGCACAACAUAAAAAUGUCGUCUUACUAGUUGGCUUUUGCAUAGAGGGCAAUCGAAGACUAUUAGUUUAUGAGUAUGUAUGCAAUGGCUCCGUGGACAGUCAUUUACACGAGAGCCAGAGAACGUAUCUGGACUGGCCAUUGCGUCUGAAGAUAGCAAUUGGAACAGCAACAGGAUUACGGUAUCUUCAUGAAGAUUGUAGGGUGGGUUGCAUUGUUCACCGAGACAUGCGGCCUAAAAACAUCCUACUGACCCAUGAUUACGAGCCUUUGGUUGCUGACUUUGGGCUUGUUAGCUUACACACUGAACAGGAUACAUGUGAUGAAGAACGAGUCAUCGGAACUUCAGGGUAUCUUGCACCAGAAUACUUCAAUGGAGGAAUGAUAACAGAGAAAGUUGACAUAUAUGCUUUUGGAUUGGUACUGUUGGAGCUAAUCACGGGACGAAGAACCAGUGAAUUACAAUGCUACAAAGCGCGCAACUUUUGGCACGACAUUUACGCAUCACAUGAAACGGAACCUAUACAUCUUCUAGCUUAUAAGCAUAAAUUGCUCGACACCCGCUUAGGCUCUUAUCAACCUUGCAAUUUUCCUCCCGACUUACAUGCUAUUGGUAAUGCUGCUUCUUUGUGUCUUCAAAAAGAUCCAGAACUCAGACCACCCAUGUCAAAGGUGCUUAAAGUAUUGGAAGGAGAAAGAAGGAAUUACUUGGGUGUAGAGUUGGACAAUGGUGGUAACAGAAGUGGGCACAUGCGAGCUGUUAUCCUCAAUGCACAAAUCGAAAGGAGGGGGCACUAUCGCAGACUAUCCUACUGAAAUGGCUUGGCAAUUUCCUUUAAUUUACUUGUUACUAGAAGAAAAUGAUCGAAUUACAUGUGAUAUUACACUAACAUCAUGUAUAAAAUCACAUGUGAUUCACACGACUUUGGUCCGCGACCUAAAGACGCGGCCAAAGUUGUCCGCAUAUCUUUUUUGACAGUUAAUGUAAAAUUAUAUGUGAUUUUGCACGUGAUUUGGCCGUCUUCAUAUUCCCUUUAAAUAGUUAAAUAGUUAAGAGUUCUUGUUUGAUC